AUGGCGACCCCGGGGUUCCUCUCCGAAUACGAGAUCGCGCGCGCGAAGAUCAUCGCGCGGAACCAGAAGAAGAUGACCGAACUCGGGCUCUUCAAGAAGGCGGACGAUCUCAAGAAAGCGUCGGAGCCGAAACCCGAUCCCGCGUCCGAGGCGGAAGCGCGCGAGCGACGAAACGCCAAGGCGAAAGCCCGAGCGGAGAAGGCGGCGCUCUCCCCGUCCGUCCCGUCGCGCGCGUCUGGGCGCUUGCGCAACAAGCCCGCGCCGGUGUAUCGUGACUACGACGUGUACCUGGACGACCUCGACUUCUCGAAGCGAUCGACCAAACGCAAACGCGGCGGAUCCGGCGCGGGCGGACGCGGCGGACGCUCGCCGUGGGACAACACCGCGUGGCCGCACGGCGACGCCGCGCGCGAAGCCGCGGAGCGCGCGCAGGAGUGCAUGGACAAGCUGAAGAACCCGUCGUUCUGUAAGAUCAUGCUUCCUUCCAUGGUCGUGGGGGGCUUUUGGAUGGAGGCGCCGCAAGGUAUCCCCGCGCACAUGCCCCCCGGGCCGCUCGCGUCGAAGCACCCGUUCCUUCUCGUGCGACCGCCGAAGCUCGCCAUCACCGCGGAGGAGGACGUCGACGCGAGCUCCAUCGCGAUGGACGACGACGCGGACGAGUGGCGCGUCGUCUGGCUAAUUCGCAAGGGGGACGGGAAAUGGAGCGGCGGCGGAUUCAGCGGCGGGUGGAGGGGGUGCGCGAUCGACCUGAAGCUCGCCGUCGGCGACGCGAUCGUGUUCGAGGUGUUGCCAGGGCGCAGGGACGGCCUUCUCGCGCUGCAGAUGCGCGUGUUCCGCGCGCGGGACCCGGCGACGAUACGUCCGACGUGGGAGGCGCUGGAGGAGAUGAUGAACGAUGACCAGGACGCCAACAACGCCGCGGAGGAGAGGAGGGAGAAAGUCUCCUCGACCGCGACGGCGACGGCGACCGCGUUCGAGUACAGCGCCAAAGCGAUCGACUCGCGCGGGGGUAAGCCGAACGCGCGCAGGCAAUCCGAGGGCGAGCGUCUACUCCUUAACUCCGGGGUCGUCGCGUUGCACUCGAGCUCCGAGGAGGAGGAUGAAGAGGAGAGACCGAAGAAGAAACAGAAGCGGAUGCGAGCGCCCGUCGCGCCGACGCAACGCGCGAAGCUCCCGUCCGCGCCCUCCGCGGGCGCGAAGGCGGGGGUGAAAGCGUGGGGACCCGCAAUGAUCGGCGCACGCGUGGAGAAAGAGUUCGACGGCGAGAUGUACGCCGGCGAGGUCACGUCGUACGACCCCACGGAGGACUGGUACAAAGUCGUGUACGAGGACGGCGACCGGGAGGAGAUUGACGUGACGGAGUUGAACGCGAUUUUGAAAGCACGGUAGUACUGUAGUGUAGUGUAGGGCUAGGUGUGCCUACGACGUAACAACUUACUCGUACUCGUACGCACCUCGGGUCUCGCGGCCGAGCGCGAAAACGCCGCGAUCAUCACGUCCGUCGCUACGCGUCGAACUACCCGCGCGACGACAACACUAAAACGCUACGCAUCACACGCGACACACGUACGAGGACGACUUCGUGACGUACCGCACCCACCGGUGCGGCCCUUUCCCUUUCCCUUGCGCGCCCG